UCCACCAUGACAGCAGCAGCAGCAGCCAUGCGAACCACACAUGUCCAGUACAGUCGCUCUCGGAAGAGGCCGCUCAGCCAUUCCUUCAUGACAUGUCAUUCCAUACCUUCAACAUGAUCCUGUCCGGAGCGUGCACAGCUUUUACGUGUCUAUCCAUCUUUGUAUUGAUGUCGAUGCAUGCAACGCAUCUCAGCAAGCCCAAGGAACAACUCAAAAUCAUGCGAAUCAGCACCCUCCUGCCCUUGUACUCCGUUUUCUCGUUUCUCUCGAUCUGCUUCCCAGAAAUAUACGUGUACUUGGAGCCAUGGCUCGACGUGUUCCAGUCCGCCGCCCUGGGAACAUUCUAUCUGCUGAUGCUGGAGCUCCUCGCACCGGCCACCUCCCGUCAAGACAUGUUCUUCGCAGCGUUGGCGAUCCCUCCGAGUGGAAGUGAGUCUGCGGCGGAUAGUCUCAGCUGGUACCGCAAAACCUGGAUCGCCAUUUUUCAGUACCCAGCCGUGGCGGUGAUAUUGUCCCUAGCCACCGACAUCACCCAGGCUGCAGGUGUCUACUGCCUGGAGAGCAGCAAGCCGUACUUUGCUCACCUCUGGAUCACCAUCUUCAUUAACCUGUCCCUCAUUUCCGCCGUGAUCGCCGUGCUCAAAUUCUACAAGAGCUUCAAGUCCCAAUUGAAAAGCCACCAACCCCUCGCAAAGCUACUAGCCUUCAAACUCAUCGUCGGCCUGUCGUUUCUCGAACGAAUCAUCUUCUUCGCCCUCAGAGCCACGGACGUUCUCAAACCCGAUGACCAGCUCACCUACGCGGACGUCAACAUCGGCAUCCCCACCAUGGUCAUCUGCCUCCAGAUGGUGCCCUUCGCCCUCUUCUUCCACUACGCGUACUCGGUCCGGCCGUACAUCAUCCGCCGGACAUUGCCGGCCAUGGAGGCGAGCGUGAACCCGGCGUAUUCCGCGGUGUCGGAUGAGCGGCGGUACCAGGGUGGACCCCUGGGUGUACGCGCGUGGCUGGCGAUGCUGGAUCUCAGGGAGAUUGCGGGGGCGAUUCGCUUUGCGUUCACGAUGGUCUUUGCGGGGAAAAGCGUGGGGCGGGGAGAGGAGCUGAAUAAGUUGGGGUCGAGAUAGAUUUUGGUGCUGGUGGGAUUGUCAUUUCGUUUAGACUUCUUUUGCUUUGGUUCUGUGUUCACAUCACGACUUUGUUAAUCUGGCUUGAGACUACUUGGUGGUUGGUUUGGUAUGUGCACUUCGAUGAUAGAGGUGUUAAUGACUCAGAUUUGAGUUAUGCAGACAGGCUUCGCGAGUGAGACGAAGAUGAUUAGCUUUGCGAGGGGUUGGUGGUUUUAAUGAAUCAAGC